GUAGGCGGGCCGUUAUCAUCAGCAGCCAAUGGGCGCACCGAGCCGGGGCCGGGUUUCCGGUUCCGGUGGUGAUAAAGCGGUGCUGGGCGCGGGCGCUACUGACUGCUGCGGGGAAGUUGCUGAGCAGUGCCGGAGCGUGUGUGGGCAGCCGGUGCAGAUUAAAUCAAAAUGGCUGAUGAAGAAAUUGCUGCCCUCGUUGUUGAUAAUGGCUCUGGGAUGUGCAAAGCUGGCUUUGCUGGGGAUGAUGCUCCUCGAGCUGUGUUCCCUUCCAUCGUGGGACGCCCCAGGCACCAGGGUGUCAUGGUGGGCAUGGGGCAGAAAGACAGCUAUGUAGGUGAUGAGGCCCAGAGCAAGAGAGGUAUCCUCACCCUGAAGUAUCCCAUUGAGCAUGGCAUCGUCACCAACUGGGAUGAUAUGGAGAAGAUCUGGCACCAUACUUUCUACAAUGAGCUGCGAGUUGCCCCCGAGGAGCACCCAGUCCUGCUCACUGAAGCCCCCCUGAAUCCCAAGGCCAACCGAGAGAAGAUGACACAGAUCAUGUUUGAGACCUUCAACACCCCAGCUAUGUAUGUGGCUAUCCAGGCUGUGCUGUCCCUGUAUGCCUCUGGGCGUACCACUGGUAUCGUCAUGGACUCUGGGGAUGGGGUCACCCACACAGUGCCAAUCUACGAGGGCUACGCCCUGCCCCAUGCCAUCCUGCGUCUGGACUUGGCUGGCCGUGACCUGACUGACUACCUCAUGAAGAUCCUGACGGAGAGAGGCUACAGCUUCACCACCACGGCCGAAAGGGAAAUUGUGCGUGACAUCAAGGAGAAGCUCUGCUACGUUGCCCUGGACUUCGAGCAGGAGAUGGCCACGGCUGCUUCAUCUUCCUCCCUGGAGAAGAGCUAUGAGCUACCUGAUGGCCAGGUGAUCACUAUCGGGAAUGAAAGGUUCCGGUGCCCAGAGGCCAUCUUCCAGCCCUCCUUCCUGGGGAUGGAGUCCUGUGGCAUUCACGAGACCACUUUCAACUCCAUCAUGAAGUGUGACGUAGAUAUCCGAAAGGACCUCUAUGCUAACACAGUGCUGUCUGGUGGUACCACCAUGUAUCCUGGCAUCGCUGACAGAAUGCAGAAGGAGAUCACGGCCCUGGCACCCAGCACAAUGAAAAUCAAGAUCAUUGCCCCACCAGAGCGUAAAUAUUCUGUCUGGAUUGGUGGCUCUAUCCUGGCUUCUCUCUCCACCUUUCAGCAGAUGUGGAUCAGCAAGCAGGAAUAUGAUGAGUCUGGCCCAUCCAUUGUCCAUCGUAAAUGCUUCUAAAGAGGGUCCCAGCAGGUGUGCUCAGCCUCUGCUGAUGGGGUUACACACAGUAUAAUUGUCAGGGCAAAUGUAUUUACCAAAUUGAGUAGUUACUUGUAAACUUUGCCCUUGAAAAGCCUUUCGUGUUGGACCAAUAUUGUUUGAUUUACUCACCUCCCCUUAUGUUUAACUUGAGUAUUCCUUUGAUGUACUGUGUAGUAACUAUACCCUGUGCAUCUUAAGCUCUGUUACAGGUUGCACAUGUGACCAAGGUUACAAUUCUCUAUUAGUGAAGAGAGAGCGCUACCUGUUAGGCUUUAGUUUUCCUGUGGCUUACUAGUGACCCUUUACUCCCCCACCCCCCAGCUAUAAAUUCCCUGGGGCUGGAGACUAGACUAAGGGUGGUUGACUUUACAAUGUAACUUUGAUGUAAUGGCAUCUCAGAAGUAGAUUUGUAACUAACCCUAAAGGUGAUAACUGUAAUGUCACUGACAGCUCCUUGUAUAAUGCAAACUAAUAAACUUCUGUGGUUUAAAAAGUUGUCAUAAUUGUAUGCCAGGAAUCACACAUGGUCUGCCCUCCAGGCUGAAUAAGCCUGGUCAUCUCACUUUUUUUAAUAAAACCAUCAUAUAUUG